AUGCCGGCAACAUGCAGCAAAGAUUCCACCAACAUGAGGAUUGUUCUGCUGGGUACGCCUGGAUCAGGGAAGAGUGCAACAGGAAACACCAUCCUGGGGAGAGAGGUGUUUAGAGAAGAGACUGGAUCAGGGAGGAGUGUGUUGGGGAAGAGAGAGGUGGAGGGGAGGAGCAUCACUGUGAUUGACACUCCAGUAACACUGACUGAAGAACAACUGAAUGAGGAAAUGAGAAGGUGCAUCUCUCUCACUUCUCCGGGCCCCCACGUGUUCCUUCUGGUUAUCAGGCUGGAGAGAUUCACACAGGAAGACAGGAAUGCUUUGUCAUGGAUCCAGAAAAACUUUGGCGAGGAGGCCUUGAGUUACACCAUGGUCUUAUUCACCGGAAGAGAAAAACUAACCAGGAACCAAUGGGAGGACUUUGAGAGGACUGAAACAACUAAACAACCAAUCAGUGUGUGUGGGGGAGGGCAUAUUGUCCUCAACAGUAAGCCAGAGGUCCACACCACUCAGGUCACAGAGCUGCUGAGGAAGAUAGAAGAGAUGGUGGGGAGGAAUGGAGGAGGUCACUACCUCGAGGAGAGGUGCCAGGAGGCUCAGAGAAAGAUCAGAGAGGAGCAGGAGAGGGAGAAGAGAAAGGAGGAGAUAAAUGAGAGGAAGGGGAAAUUAGAGAGGAGAGAAGAAGAGGUGAGGAGGAUGGAGGAGGAGUUGAGGAAGUCACUGGAGGGGGUAAAGAGGAUAGAAGAAGAUUUGAAGGAGAGACAGAAAGAGUUACAAGAAAAGAGAGAGGAGUUUAAGAAAGUGGAGAAGAGAACAAGACAAGAGGAGGAGGAUAAAUUGAUAGAAAAGGAGCAGCAGAAGAGAGAAGAGAAUCUUCAAAAGGUAAAGGAAGAGGCAAGGAAGCAAGAGAACAAAGUAAAGGAAAUAGAGGAAGACUUGAAGCUAGCACAGGAACAUGUGAGGAAGAUGGCAGGAGAGGUGAAUGAAAUAGAGGAAGUGAUGAAGAGAGACGAGCAGAGGAGGAGUGAGCAGAAAGUUAUUUAA